AUGUGGGAAACUGUUGACAACAUAAAACGUUUAAAAACAGAUGCUGUUCCAAGCGAAUUUCCAACCUCACCAAAGCGAAAAAGAUUAUCUGGAGAAAUUUUUUGUAGAUCAGGAAAAAAGCAAAGAUUGGCGACAAAGAUUAUUUCUGAUAAUUCUUCGGAAAAUCCAACAAUUAAACCUAUAAUGAUUGUUUCUGAUGAGCGUUCUGAAAAUCCGACAAAUGAAUCGACAAUGAUUAUUUCUAAUUUAGCAUCGACUAGUACAAACCCUGAAAAUCUAACAACUCCUGCGAUUGAAGUAGAAUAUGAAGUUGGAAAUCAGAUAAAGAUGAGCCAACAGAAGUCUGAAGAAAAUACUGAUCCUACACUGAUGAAAGAGCAAAAUAAAUUACCUAAAUGUGACGAAGAGAGUGUUCAGAAGUUAUUUGCAAAACAGGAACAUCAAAUUAAAUUUUUAAAAAGUCGAUUAAAUAAGGUUGUAAAAGAAAAAAGAAGAUUGGUCUCAGAGAAACACAGCACAUACAAAGCAAUAUUGUUAACUUUAUUCACAGAAGAUCAAAUAAAUCACCUGAUCAAACAACAAAGAGCUGGGGAGAAAUCAAAGGUUACCAAAUGGUCAAAUACCACAGUUAAAAAAGCUUUACGUUUAAAAUUUGCUUGUGGGACUGCAGGAUACGAGGAGCUGUUAAAACAAGGAUUUCCUUUUCCAUCUCGCAGAACGCUUACAUGA